AUGGAAGACAAGAAAGCGAAAACGCCUUCAGUAUAUCGGAUUGCUGGAGAACGGCGCAGCGUUCCCCCGAGCGAUCUCCCUGGGAUUGGUAACCCAGGGGUGUUAACUGCGUCGCUAACAGGCAAUGAGCCUGAGGACGCAUGGGUGGAAGGCGUUCCCAGGGAUAAAAAAUCCACCCAAGAAGGUGAAGAAGAGAAUGUCGGUACACAGGCGUCGGUCCCGCGUAUGGCACCGCUUCUGUCAAGUACCACUGUGGAUAGCAGCGCGGCGGAGAUGGUUAGUUGCGAGGACUCGGUCGGCGAGACAUCCGCCGCUUCGUUUAACGGGUCCCCCUCUGCCGUGAGUGCUGCAGUAGCGGGUGGAGACAUCAGUCACCUGCCUGGUAUGUCCGAGGCUGCGGAGCCUCUAGACCGGGAAACUGGCGUACCGAACAAGAGGAAGAGAGACUUUCCUGAGUCUCCGGAGAGUGUACAAGCAGACUCCGAUUCGGAACCGCGAGUUGGUGCAACGCGGCGAUCCCUGAGGUUGAGGGCUUCGCUGCCGGAGGAUUCGUUGGUGGAUCCGUCUCUGCGGCGUAAGGCACGUAAGCCCAGGAAGAAGAGGCUGAAGAAGGUUGGGGCUGGCCAACUCUCUUCUGAGCCGCCUUGUCCCGAGGUUCCCGAGGUCCUACCGCGUAAAGCGAGAAGGGAUUAUUCCGCGUUAUCGUCGGCGGAGAUUGCGGGCAAGGCAAGGGGCUGGCUGGACGAGGUAGAUGAGUUGCGCGCCAAGAGCAGUCACCUUAAGGGCAAAAUCUCCGGAAUUAUGAAGAACAGAUUCAUUCGUCUGAAGGAGGUUGUUACUGUCUUCUCGGAAAGAGCGGAGGACAGUGGAGAUGUCCCAUUCUUGAGGCAGCGCAACAUCGAGCUGACUGGACAACUACGCGUUGCCAAGAGGCGGGAAGACCAACUGAAGGAGGACCUGAAUGGGGCGCGGAAGCGGGUGGCCGAGCUUAGUAUUGAGCUGAAGGCUUUUAAGGACCGCUUAGGCUCCAAGUCGACGUCCGAGGAAGUUGAUCGGCCUUUGACUGCGCGGGGUGUGCAGGAUGGCGGGGACCCACGCAAAAGAGUGAGAGUGUUGAGCCCUGGGGGCCCGUUGGAUGCUGGUCACGUGGCGAUGGGCGGGCGUCGGCGUUCGGGAUCGGAGGCUCGGCUGCAGAAGUGUGAGGACACCAUCGCGGGGCUGCAGCGUGACAUAGACUCGUUGCGUGGGAGAUCUCGAGGGGUGGAGCCCUCGUCUUCCACACGGGCCUUGCCUGGGGUCCUGGAGGACAUCCAGAUUCGUCCUCCGCUGGCGGUUCGCAAGCGUCUUCCCAGUGGCGCUUCGGAGGUUGCGGCCUCCUCGGAUAGCGCUUCGUGGGCGGGGGUCGUGCGUGGAAGAGGGGCCAAGAGACGGGUACGAGGGGCGUGGAGGCCGAGUGGAGGACCGGCUCCUAUUGUUGUUCCGUCUUCCGUUGACGCGUCGCGUCAGGUUGGGCGUCUGGACUCGAGCGUUCGACCUGUCACCAGGGACAAGGCGGGCCCGGCGAUUCGCCCGGGAAAGGACCCGCCACGGCGCAGAGUGCCCAGGGCUGCAGCGGUGGCUUUAAGGUCGGCGAAUCAGGAGGUGGCCCAUUCCGAGCUGCUGAAGCGGGCUAAGCAGUGUGUGUCUCUCGGCGAAGUUGAAAUCGCCAAGCCGCGAAUAAGGAUGGCUGCAAAUGGCGGAUUCCUUAUUGAGAUUGCGGGUUCUGACGGCACGGAAAAGGCGGACACCCUUGCAAGGAAGUUGAAAGAGACCCUCGGACCUGAAGCGGUGGUUUCACGCCCGAUCGCAAAGGGUGAGCUUAGGAUCAUGGGUCUGGAUAGUUCGGUCUCUGUGGACGAACUGAGGGCCGCGGUGGUGGACGCUUCGGGAUGUGCGGAUGGCGAUAUCAGGGUGGACCCAUUUAGGAGGACCCCUAGUGGUCUUUAUUCCGUAUGGGCGCAAUGCCCCUUAGCGGCCGCAAAUAGCUUGGCUUCCUCGGGCGUUAUUAAAGUGGGUUGGACUAUGGCCAGGGUGACCCUUUUAAGGGCUCGUCCAAUACAAUGUUUCCGUUGUUUGGAAUAUGGUCACGUGCGGAAUAAGUGUCAGUCUCAGACUGACAGAUCCUCACUCUGCUUUAAUUGCGGUAAAGCGGAUCAUCAGGCGAGGAAUUGUGUUUUUCCUCCAUGUUGUGUCGUAUGCGAGAAUAGAGGGAUGAAUCCUAACCACAGGAUGGGCUCAGUGGCAUGCACAGGCGUGCGUGACCGGAAUCGGGGAGUUCAUCAGGUCAACGUUAACCACAGCCGGUAUUCUCAGGACCUAGUUUUCCAGUGGAUGACUGAGAGCGAAGUAGGGGUUUGCUGUAUAGCUGAGCCGUGGGGGGAUCCAGCGAAUCACUCUCAGUGGUUUGCGAGUAAGGAUGCGGUCGCGGCGAUCAGGUGGAACCCGGAUUUUACGGGCCCUGGUUGCUCAGCAUUCUAUCGGGCGGACAACAUCAUCGGUGUUUCUGUUAACGGUCUUUCUUUUAUUUCCGUGUACAUCUCUCCUAAUAUCCCCAUUGGGGAAUAUUUGGAGGUUUUGGAUCGUUUGGCGGAUGCCGUUGGAUCUGCUCCUUGUCCGGUGAUAGUCUGCGGUGACUUUUAUGCCAAGUCGCUCCUCUGGGGUUCCCCCGUUGGUAAUCGUAGGGGGGAGGUCUUAUGUGGUUUGGCCGAUCAGUUGAAUCUGGUCCUGUGCAAUGUCGGUGAUAGACCCACCUGUGUUCGCCCCCAGGGUUCGUCCGUGGUGGAUCUUACCUGGGUUUCGGCGUCGUGGGCCGCUUGCGUUUCUAAUUGGUGCGUUCUGGGCGAUGUCGAGACGUUGUCUGACCAUAGAUUAAUUUCGUUCUCGGUCACUCGUGAGUGCGGGGAUCAGGGAAUAACCCACACUAAUGGAGGGUCGUAUCCGCGAUGGUCACUCGCUGGUCUGGAUGUGGAUCUGUUGACCUCCGCCUUCAGUUUAAUAAGCUCCGGCAUCGAUGCGGAUGCGGCACCUGAUAGCUUAGCCGGUGAUAUCAAGGAUUGGAUAACGGAUUCGUGUGACUUGGCAGCGCGACGCUGCGGUUCACGUCCGCCUAAGCGCUCCGCUUAUUGGUGGAACGAGGAGGUCAUUAGGCGGCCAUUAGGAGAACAUGCAUCGCGGCUCGUAGGAGGUGGACUAGAGCCAGGGCGGUGA